AUGAAAGACUCAACCUCAAGAAGAAGACUCAAGACAAUCAUCAUCAUCCUCACCAUCACCAUCACCAUCACAACGACCACUGGACUAACAACAACAACAACAACAACAACAGCCAACACUAUCAGCUUACCACUCUAUCGAAGACGGACUCAGGAAGAAGGAGAAGGACCUCAUAACAGACUGCAAUUCCAAAGACUCAAACUCAUCAGCAAAUACAACUCACUCCCAAUCCAAACCGACAAACAAACAACCAACAACAACAACAACAACAAACAACAGCAGGAACUCAGACUACUCCAGCCUCGUCAGAUCUCAUCAUUACCACUACCAUCCAUCCCAGACUCAUCACUCGCAAAUAACAACAACAACAACUCAAACCUAUCAUCAUCAACAUCACCCAUCCCACCACCAUCAACAACAACAGCGAACAGUAAUAUCACCUAUCGAGGCCAGAGCGAUGGAAGUGGAGGAGUCAUCGGGCUGCAAAAGAUCCUCAACUUCCAAGCUGAUCUGGAAUAUUUCAGCCCAAUCUUCAUCGGCACUCCGCCGCAACUCUUGAACGUGAUUCUGGACACAGGCUCGUCGGAUCUCUGGAUCGCCUCGGCCAACUGCUCGGUCUCCUCGGGCUGUGCCGCCGGCUUGGGCCCCCGCUUCGACCCGCUCAACAGUUCCUCCUCUUCCACCUCUAAUACUCCCUUCUCUAUUAAAUAUGGCAGCGGCUCGGCUACAGGCAAAAUGUACUCUGAUAACAUCACCUUUGCGGGUUACAAACUCCCCCCUCAAAGCUUCGCUGUCGUCGAUACCGUUUCAUCAGAAUUGUUGAGUAAGGAUGUGUCAGGGUUAAUGGGUUUAGGAUUCCAACCAUUAGCGUCAUCAGGCGUGACGCCGAUCUGGCAGAGUCUGAUGAACAACGGAAGCCAGAGCGGGGGGAAUGUGAGCUUCCCGGGCUUCACGUUUAGUCUGACGCGAUACAUCAACACGACCCGGCCGGGAGAAGUGGAGCCGGGAGGGCUCUUCACUCUGGGCACCUUGAACAGCUCCCUGAUCGCCCCGGGAGAGCCCAUCAACUUCAUAUCCGUCCCCCAAAACCUGCAGUCCUAUUGGCUCAUCCCCCUCGACGGGCUCGACGUCAACGGCUUCCCGCUUAACCUCAACUCGCAAUCCUCUCCCAACGUCGCUAUCGAUACUGGCACUACUCUUAUCGGAGGCCCCGCUAAUGAGGUCAAGCAGUUCUACAGUCAAGUCGUUGGAUCCUCACCCGCUUCGGGCUCUUACCAAGGAUACUAUUCAUAUCCUUGUAAUUCUUCAGUCUUAGUCACUUUCAGAUUCGGAGGCAAGAAUUAUUCGAUGGCCCCAGAUGAUUUCAAUCUCGGCCCCUUCGGGUCGAACGGACGCUGUUUAGGAUCGGUCUUUGAACUCGAGCUUUCUGGUGCAUCUAGGUCGUUGAUCUCUUGGGUCAUUGGGGACUCGUUUCUGAAAAAUGUUUUAUCAGUAUACAGAUACGUUCCACCAGCGGUAGGGUUUGCGAAGCUAUCGAGCAACUUCAACAGUACGGGCCCGAGUGGGGUGACUGUGGGCGGGCCACUAUGGACCUCGGGGACGCUCCGGACGAUCGAGUCGUCCUCGGGCUCCGCGAACGGCCAGAAGAUCAACGCGACCGGCUUGGUCGCUGGCCUCCGAAACGGCAUCAACGGCUCCAUCGGCCCCGGCGACGGCAGCUCUAAUCCGCGCAAAUCUCAUGCUCAUCUGUUCCGCCCGCUUUCCACACAUCUCUUCGCAUCCGCCUGCGUCUCCCUCUUCCAUCUUCUCUGGCUCUGAGCCUCCGCUCCUGUGCCUCUCCUGCUUUGUCUUUCCCCUCUCUCUCUCUUUCUCCCUCUCGAGAUCUUGAUGGACUCUUUUGCUUUCUUCUCUCUCUCUCUCUCUCCCUCUCUUCUCUAUUUGGUCAAACGACAAACUAUAUCCUCACCUUAUCGGCUUUGGUUACCCCACUCCUAUUUCUUCAUACUUCUCCUCCUCAUCAUCAUCGUCUUACCUUUUUUCCCUUCUCUCCCCCCUCUCAUCCUUCCCUAUCUCUCUCUCUUUCUGGCCCACAAAUGAUUACUCGCUCGUCUUCUCUCUCUCUCUCCCUCCCAAAGACUCUCAUCUUCACCCCUCCUUAUUUACAACUUAUGUUUAUUACAUGUUUAUUCAUAUACUCUUAUCUUAUAUCUUCUCUCUCUCUCUCUAUCUUUGGUUUUGGUUUUUUUUAGCUCAGUUUUGUAUAUGUGGUUGUUAUGCGACUUCCAUCCACCCUUGCAUCAUCAUUUUUCUUCUCAUCAUCCGCUCUUUUCUCUACCACCAUAAUCUCCAUAAUCCCCUCUUCUCCUCACUCUUUCAUUUCUUUUUUCUGGCUUUAUGAAGGAGUUGGUGGAUGAGGUUUGAAUGGAGUUCAUGAUCAGUUCUUGUAAAAAGAAAGACAAUCAUGCGGAGAUUGAUAUACUGUAGAUAUCGCAGAUAAAUUGGUUGUAGAAAAGAUAAAAACAAUUAUCAGAUUCACAUUGUAAAGUCAAGAAUCUCUCUCUUCCUUUAGAGAUAGGGUUCUUGAUGAUCUCUGGAUUCUUCUCCU